AAAAUAAAAUAUAUUUUAUUCAUGUCGUUCGUUUGGUUGGUACUGUUGGUAGUUAAAUCAACUAAAAUGGCAAUACCGAAAUCAUAUGACAGUCAGUCGCCUUUUUCCGAACAAAAUGGCUGUGACCAUGGCUCUGUUUUGGGUUUCUCUUGUUCUUUCAAUAAUUGGCUCAAAUGCCAGCGGAGAGUUCAACAUACUCCAUAGUCCAGACUCCCUAAAAUUCACGGGAUCAGGAAAAACAUCGGAAAGCCUUCUGAAAGAGAUAUUUUCUGCUGCUCUUGGGCUAUCUGUUGAAGAGAAUUCACAAUGGAAGGGAAUGUAUGUGGUGGAUCCUUUCAACACCCCAGAGGCUGUGGUUGAAAUCUACAUAGAUGGUGUCUCCAGCCUUGGACAUACUGGUUUGAAAACUAAAACCUAUCCUUUGAUUGUUGAUGAAUAUGAACCAGACACCUACCAAGGUGUAAAGCACCGCAUCAAGCAACGGUUCACUAAUGGUGGAAACAAAAUUGUUAACAUCAAACUAACUGAUGUUGAUGAGCUCAAGAAGAAUAUUUUUGGUGAUGCAAAGAAACCCAAGCCUACAAAACUGAGCCUUAUGCACUUAAAAUAUAAUGUCGAAGAAGACUACCACUUCUUAAACGAGCUGGCCUCCCUGCAGGCUAUUACUACAAAGAUUGAGAAUGGUGGUAUUGUCCCUGAUAACAUGAUUGAUUUCUAUAACUUGCGCUUCCGUACCCUGCAUCCUCUAUGUGACUUCCAUGGCCCUAACUCUCCCCAAACCAAAGAAGCCAAGAAACUGUUGGGUGAAGCUAUUGAUCAACUCAACAAGGCAUUCAUCAAAGCUUACGAUGGCUCUGUGUUAGUUACCCUUGUCACUACUGAUGUUGCCCAUACUCGCCGCGCCAUACGAUCAGCUCCUGCCGCUGGCCCAGAUGGCAAAUCAGCACCAGAAUAUGAAUGGCAAACAAAGGAAUUUAAAGCUGAAAAUGAAACUGAUGACAGCUACAGUUCUGAAUACCCUGCCAUCUUCAACAUCAUUCUUUGGUUUGCCAUUGUCAUCAUUUUCAGUUUGAUUGCAAUUGUAUAUGCUCUGAUGGACAUGGAUCCAGGCAGGGACUCCAUCAUCUACAGGAUGACUAGUACAAGAAUGAAGAAAGACAAUUAAGUCUGUAGAACUUUAAGUUCUUACUACAGUAUUGUAUUAGAAUGCAGUUUAAAAUUAUGGAACUAAAGAAAUCACAUAUUGUUGUUCCUUGAAAAUUAAUAUUGUACAGACCUUUGUUGAAUAUUUCUGUACAUACUAAACUUGAUGUUUGUAUGUUUAAUAUUAAAAAUAGUGUUUAUUUAGUUAUAAAGUAAAUCAUUGUUAUGUGCUAAAGCCAUCGUUAUUUAUUUUCGACUUGUAUAAUACCCUAUGAAUCUUAUUUAUCUUCCAGAUUACCUUUCAAGAUUUCUCUACUAC